AUGGGCGAGGAUCCUGCUGCCGCCCACCCCGGCGGGCCGAAUGCGCCGCGCAAGUCCAGUAUUCCUGCUGGUGGCUUUGCAGGCAUCAAUGCACGUACGCGCGAGAUGGCUGCGGCCAAGUUGCCGCCGCGACUGCAAGCCAAGCUCAGUGAGAAUGCGCGCAUUUCUGCGCUGACGUCCGGCCCGCCAUCGUCGACGAUGAAGCACGAUGAGAAGCUGGACUCGAGUUUGCUGAUGCCCAAGAUGCCGUCGACGGCGCCGCGGCCGCGGCCGCGGCCGAAUUUGCGCCUGAGCGAUAUGGGCAGCGAGGCGAGUGCGAGUGGCCAGCGGCGGCGCCCUGACCUGACGCUGGGCGGCCUGCCGAGCAAGGCGCCGACGCCGUUCGGCAGCUUUAGCAAGAUUGUCGAUCCGUCGGGACGCCUUGUGUUUGAUGGCAAGGCUGUGCUGCAUGCGUCAGGCGUCGAGUUCAAGAACGGGACGACCUUUACGAUCCACAUGGACGAUCUGGAGAUGUUGGAGCAGCUGGGACACGGCAACUACGGCACGGUGACCAAGGUGCGGCACACGCGCACGGGUGUCGAGAUGGCUAUGAAGGAGAUCCGUCUGGAGCUGGACGAGGCGAAGCUGAAUGCGAUUAUCAUGGAGCUCGAUAUCCUGCACCGCGCGCUAGCGCCGCAGAUCGUGGAGUUCUAUGGCGCCUUUUUUGUCGAGUCGUGCGUGUACUACUGCAUGGAGUACAUGGACAUUGGCAGUCUUGAGAAGCUGACGACUGGCCGGCACUGCGUCGUGCCGGAGGAUGUGCUGGCGCAGAUCACGCUGAGUACCGUGCGUGGCUUGCGUUUCCUGAAGGACGAGCUGCAGAUCAUCCACCGCGAUGUGAAGCCGACGAACAUACUGAUCAACUCCCUCGGUGAGGUGAAGCUGUGCGACUUUGGCGUGUCGGGUCAGCUCGAGAAGAGCCUCGCGAAGACCAACAUUGGGUGCCAGAGCUACAUGGCGCCGGAGCGCAUCCGAGCGGACCGUAUGCGCAGCACGUACACGGUGGCCUCUGACAUCUGGUCGCUCGGUAUCUCGAUCGUGGAAAUCGCCAUGGGCACAUACCCCUACCCGCCCGAGACAUUUACGAACGUGUUUGCGCAGCUGCAGGCGAUCGUCGAGGGCGACGCGCCCCAGCUGCCGACGCCGUCCGCGGAGCCCAUCACGGUCACCAGGCCGAACGGCACGACCCUCGAGCUCGAACGCGGCACAUGCACGUACUCGGACACGGCCCGCGACUUUGUCGCGCAGUGCCUCUGCAAGAUACCCGAGCGCCGUCCGACGUAUGCCCGUCUCCUGGAGCACCCGUUCCUCACCCACGCGCCUACCGUCGAUAUGGCCACAUGGGCCGCCCAGGCACUGGCAUCGCGUCGCCGUGUCGAUGAAGACGUAUCCGUGUCAUAG